GUAUCAUUACGACCGUCGUUGUCGCCGGAAAAAAGACGUUGGUUGGUACCGGGAAAGGAUUGGGAGAAGUUGGAAAAGCGUUGGCCAAAGUCGCGAAAGCCGCAUUACCGGUCUUCAUUCCGAUCCUGAAUAUGUUGGCGACCAUCUUAAAAUGGGGUGCAAAAGGAUUAGAAUUUCUUGCGAAAAAUUUAUGGCUCGUUGCUAUUCUCAUCGCCACAGUCAUCUACGAAUACUUUAGGAAGAAAAAAUAUUUUGUUUUUUAUUUCCCAUGA